AUGGAGUCAGGGUCUGAUCCUCCUCUGCCUUCGUCAAAAGAAGUCAUUGAACAUGUUGACGUCGAUGAGACUGUCGUGAACUCUCAGUCCCUACUUUCAUCGUCGGCUACGGCAUCACCGGCUCAGACUGAUCAGGUCUGUGGUGGCUCUGUGUCUAUGGAUUCGAUGACUUCAUUGUCGUCGGAGCUGUUGAACAGUGGAAUGGCUCAUGUACAGACCUUUAAUCAUUCUCUAGGCUCAGACAUUGCUUCUCUUCAUGCCUCUGUCCAACUCCCAUCAGCUCAGUUACAGCAACCGGAAGCAACGACCAAGGUUGUCGAGAGCUCGGAAGUACAGACCCCAUUGUCUGAAGCCAUUGUUUCAGAAGGAAUGGAACUUCUAAUACCAAGACAUCUCUCUCCAAUUCAGCCACAGGAAGUCCGAGCUACUGAUCCUAUUGCUCCUCUACCAUCGCAGGGUACUGCUGACCCUCCUCCGCCGCCUAAUUCAAAUAUUGCUCCUCUUGGAGCAUGGGCAAAACCUUUAGCUUGGGUUGAGAAAUCAUUGGCUCCGUUCGUUGCUCCCCAAGAAUCAGUCAACUGGCCUGCUCUUACAAAGACGGUGGGGAAAAAGGCUCAGCGUCAUGAUUUUGUUGGAACUUCAACAGCUCCAAAAAAUGCAACUCCACCACCUAGAGCAAUCCCAACAGAUAAAAAGCGCUUUCCCUGGACUGCACGUAUGAACCCGCUGUCAAGGAAUCUUCAUCGUGUGACUAUCCCGGAGUACAUGGAAGAUGGUACACCGAAGGUAACAAUUCCAAACCAUGUACUUCUUAAUGGAUUGCAAAAUCAGAAAGAGUACGUGGUUGGUCAGUUCAGUAGAUGUUUAGUACCAUCUGGUGGGUUGGUUCAUGCUGUUCUGAAUAAGAUUUGGGGAAGGAAAUGCAACAUCUUUGUCAAGAAGAUAAGUGAUUUCUCCUAUAUCUUUCACAUACCGGACGAAAAUACUCGAAAUUGGGUUCUGGAACGUGGUCUGUGGCAUGUGGAUGACUGUUUGAUGUUUGUAGCGGCCUGGAAUUCUUCUGAAUCACUAUCUCUACCGGAAAUCACCUCGAUUCCACUGUGGGUUACUCUUAAAAACAUCCCUGCACAGCUCUAUUCAAUAUUUGCCUUAGAGUGGAUUGUUUCAGGUCUAGGCGAACCAAUGCUGUCCCACAAGCCAUGGUUAGAUCCUACAAUGCUUGGAGAAGCAAAGAUUUUAGUGGAAGUUGAGCUUGAUAAGCCUUUCGCUCAAAAAAUCGCAGCAUGGGAUAACCAAGAAAAUUAUGCUAUGAUUGACGUUGAAUACUCUUGGCUUCCUUCCAAGUGUGAGAAAUGUGGUCAUCUUGGACACAAGGCAAAGAGAUGUUUAUCCAUAUCACAGCAAAAGGCUCCAGCAAAGGAUCAAGGAGCGGUUGUUGUCAAUGUUUCUGCAUCUCCUCCAAUCGUUGAUGCUCCUUCUCUUAAAGAAAUUCCUAUCACUCAUUCUAUGGACGACCAGGUACCACCAACGAAUGUGAUCAAUACCAUCUCUAAGGAGGCUGUUGUCUCAGCUACAAACAUUGUUAUAAGCAAAGUGGGUUCUUCAGUAAAAAGUGUGGCUAAUGAGGAUGGCCUAGUUGGAUCCUCUGUUCAAGAUGCGUCUACUGAGGUGGAAUUCACGCCUGACCCUUCUGCAACUAUGUUUUCAUCUUCUACACCUACUAUUGACAUGUUUUCUUCUCUGGCGACAGUCACAGUACUUGAGAACAUGUGUAACUCACCUUCAAUUAUCUGUAUCAAUGACUCAAUUGAGACUCUACAUCUGGAGCCUCCCCAAAAUUUAUCAUCCACCUCUGUCCCUAAGGAAGUUUCUACAGGCACAAGAGAUGAUAGUGGUAAUGUUGAGCCCGACCUGGGUUCUAAUAAAUUUGCUUCUUUGAUCAAUGUGGAUGACGAGGAAGAUACACUGGAAUCUGAAAAUGAAUUGGAAUCGAUGGAUUACUUGACACCUUCGGGAAAAAGAAUCCUUCGAGAAAGGCCGGUCAAACCGACAACAAAGGCUAGGGAGAUGCAAUCGCAACACUCAAGCCGGGGACGGGGAAACCGAGGGCGUGGAAAUCGUGGGAGGCGUGGCUAG